GUUUGAGCUCCGUGUUUAAGGGCCACCAGGAGCUGGAGCUCAAGCUUCCCCUUGCUGGAGCUCAGCUCUGCCCAAGUGGCUCUGCAGUGAGCACUACUUGCCAGGACUCGUCAUGGCUGUGUCAGUCAGAGCAGGUCACGCGCAUAGAGCCUUUAUUUCAGUCACACAGCGAUGCAACCACAGCAGCACUGCCCUCAAACCUCAGUAUGACGCGGUUGUUAUCGGUGCAGGUCACAAUGGCCUCAUUGCUUCAGCAUAUCUGCAGAAGGGAGGCCUGAGAACAGCAGUGCUGGAGCGCAGACAUGUGCUUGGGGGAGCAGCUGUGUCUGAAGAGAUUAUUCCAGGGUUUCACUUCUCCAGGGCCUCCUAUCUGCUUAGUUUAUUACGUCCACACAUCUACCAGGACCUGGAGCUUAAGAAACAUGGCCUGAAGGUUUACAUGAGGGACCCCUUUUCAUUUACACCCAUGCUGGAAGAUGGUGUAGGAGGGCAACCACCACGGUCUUUACUGCUCGGAUCUAACCUGACAAAGACCCGGCAAGAGAUUGGCAAAUUCUCAGAGAAAGACGCCAAGGUCUAUCCUGAGUUUUUACGCUAUUUGGAAACACUGGCCUGCGCCAUCCACCCACUGUUAGACGCUCCACCCGUAGACAUUCCAGGUCUGACUCAGGGCUCUUUGACAAAGAGAUUAUCUGCCCUGAGGAGCUUGAAACCUUUGGUGAAGUCUGGGUUGACGCUAGGAAAGAAUAUACCAGAUUUCUAUGAACUUGUUACAGCUCCAGCUAUGAAGGUGCUCAAUCGCUGGUUUGAGUCAGAGCCGUUGAUAGCCACAUUAGCCACUGACUCUGUGAUCGGAGCAAACACGAGCCCAAAUAAUCCAGGAAGUGGGUACGUCCUGCUGCACCAUGUCAUGGGUGAGUUGGAGAAAGAGAAAGGCUCCUGGGGUUAUGUGGAGGGAGGAAUGGGUGGAGUGCCUCAAUCCAUCGCCCGCUCCGCCCGCUCUCUUGGAGCAGAUAUUUUCACAAACACAGAUGUCGAACAAGUCAUUAUUGGUCCGGAUGGUUCUGCUAAGGGUGUAGUGCUGACAGAUGGAACUGAAGUCCAUAGUAAAGUGGUUUUGUCCAACGCAACUCCUCAUGUCACCUUCAAACGUCUCACACCGCAGGAUGCCCUGCCAGAGGCUUUCAUCACAGCUGUAGAUCAAAUUGACUACACCUCUCCUGUUACCAAGAUAAACGUGGCUUUAGACAAGCUGCCAGAUUUCUUGGCUGCUCCGAAUGGCGCGGAUGGAAAAGCGGGUCCUCAUCAUCAGUGUUCAAUCCACCUGAACUGUGAGAGCGUGGAGGUGCUGGAAGACGCUUAUUGGGAGGGUCAGCAUGGACGGCCAUCCUCUAGGCCUAUGAUAGAAAUGACCAUUCCCUCAGUGCUGGAUCCCACUCUAGCACCGCCAGGAUGUCAUGUGGUGUCGCUUUUUAUACAGUUUACACCAUAUUUGCUUGAGGGCCGCCGUGCUUGGACUGAAGAGGAUAAGGAGAGGUUUGGAGACACAGUAUUCGACUGGGUUGAGCGUUACGCUCCAGGAUUUAAAGCAUCAAUAGUAGGCAAAGACAUCCUGACCCCUGCUGAUCUGGAGAGGGUCUUUGGUCUCACCGGAGGGAAUAUUUUCCAUGGCUCAAUGUCGUUGGAUCAGCUUUACCUGGCGAGGCCUUUGCCCUCUAUCGCAGACUAUCGCUCGCCUGUCAAAGGAUUGUACUUAUGUGGCAGUGGCAGCCAUCCAGGUGGAGGUGUUAUGGGUGCAGCCGGCUGGAGUUCAGCUCUCAGAGUUCUGGCAGAUUUCAAGAGACUGUGAUGCUGCACUUCCAUGGGGAAAAUAUUACUUGCUGAUUGAGUAUUUUAAAAGGAAAUGGAGAUGGGGCGGGACAUUAUAGGAACAUUUCACGCAAAACUGAAACUUCUGUCAUCAUUUAAUCUGCCUGGACUUGUUUCUAACCAGUAUGAGUUUUUUUUUGGUUUUGUUGAACCAAGUAGGGCUGGGCGAUAUGAAAAAAAAAAUCUUAUUUCACGAUAUAAGUCUUCUCAUAUCCUGAUAAUGAUAUAUAUCACGAUCAGUGGUGUAAAGUAACAAAUUACAAAUACUUAAAUUAUUAUAGUUGAGUAGUUUUUAUCAGAAAUUGUAAUUUACUAAGUAGUUUUAAAAAUGUAAGCAAGUAAGUAAUGUGUAGUUAUAUAGCGCAUUUAUCGUAUAUGGUCACACACCCAAAGUGCUUCACAAUAAUGAGGGGGGUCUCUCCACACCACCAUCAGUGUGCAGCAUCCACUUGGAUGUUGCGACUGCAGCCACAGGUCAAUAACGCCAGUGCGCUCACCACACACCAGCUACAGGUGAAGUGGAGAGACAGUGAUAGAGCCAAUUCGGUGGAUGGGGAUGAUUGGGAGGCAAUGAUGUGUCUACCUUAAGACAUGCAGCAAACCGUUUGAAAGCAUUAAAAAUGUCCAAGAGUAUACAUUACGUGCAAUGACCCUGAGACUGUUUAAACUGAAUGUCGCUGAUGAGAUGACGGCUGUUUACUGUAUGAUGACCAAAAUGACCUUAAACAAUCACUAAAUGCACUACAGAAUAUUACGUUUGCACACACAAGCACAAACUACAUGUAAACAAAUCAACCUCGGCAUAAUACUACUCUUGAGUACUUUUAAAAAGGCUUUUUUUGCCUCAUACUUUGAGUAUUAUUUACAGCAGAUACUUUUACUCGCACUACAUUUUUGGGUAAGUAAUGGUACUUUUACUUAAGUAUGAUUUUUCAGUACUCUUUCCACCACUGAUCACGAUAUAGUGCCAUUUCUGUAAAUUCAAGAAAUUAAGAUAUAUAUACAGUUGAAGUCAGAAUUAUUAGCCCCCCUUAAAUUUUAGCCCUCAAUUUUUGCCAACUAGGCAAGUUAGGGUAAUUAGGCAAGUUAUUGUAUAAUGAUGGUUUGUUCUGUAGACUAUCAAAAAAAAAUAGGGCUAAUAAUUUUGACCUUAAAAUAGGUUUUAAAAAAUUAAAAACUGCUUUUAUUAUAGCCAAAAUAAAACAAAUAAGACUUUCUCCAGGAGAAAAAAUAUUAUCAGACAUACUGUGAAAAUUUCUUUGCUCUGUUAAACAUCAUUUGGGAAAUAUUUAAAAAAGGAAAAACUAUUCAAAGGGGGGUAAUAUUUCUGACAUAUAUAUAUAUAUAUAUAUAUAUAUAUAUAUAUAAAUGUCAUGUUUUUCACUUUAUUUAGAACUUUAGGGCAAAUGUUUGAUUAAAGCAUAACAUAAACUAUAAAAUAAAUAUUAAUAAAAUACAAAACACUUUUCAAAAUAAAUAAUUACAGGUCAAGCAUAAAAACAAUAUUGUUAAAUAAUUUUUUUGCAACUUUUUCACAAUGCUGUUAUUCAUGUUUCUGUCUGUAUCCUUGUAAUGGUGUGUAAUAUUAUGCUUGUGUAAAUGAUGAAAAAGUUUAAUCGUAAACGAUGUAUUUUGUUACACCAUGAAAUAAACUGUUUCGUAUAAUAUGAAAAAAAUAGCCAUUUUAUAUUGUCUAUUCAUCUUUAAUUUAUAUUUGUCUAUUUUGAAGAAUUUUGGAAAUCUCUUUACUCAAAUGUUAGAAAUAACCAUUGAUUUUCAUUGUAGGAAAAACAAAUAGGAAAUCAAUAGUUACCGGUUUCCCACAUUCUUCAAAAUAUCUUCUUUUCAGAACAAAACAAAAAAACAAAAAACAGAGCCUGAGUAAAUGAUGACAGAAUAAAUUUUUGAGUGAACUAACCUAACACUAAGUGUUGUAUGUGAUUGAGUUUAAAACACUCCUACAAUGUUGUCCUAAAAUGUGUUUAGGGAACUUUUAAAUAAAUAAAAUUAAGUCAGUUUUAAUUAAUAUAGGUGAUUCUAUAGGCUGUAUGUAUGAUUGUGUGUAUCCGUGCGUGCGCGCGCAUGUGUUAUAAAGGAGUGUGAACAGCCAUAAUACUAAAUGUUAUGACAAAAAGCUGUGAAAUGUUUUUCUAUUAAUUUUGAUAAUAAAUAACACUCCAAUCUGA